GAAGGAACAUUUAUACAGUUGCAAGAGAAACCUCCUGAAAUGGUCAUGUAUCAAGGUAACCCUGGGGGAAUCGCCUUCGAUUGGAGUUUAAAACACAUUAGACAUCCCAAAAGUAAAUGUAUAAAGAUGCUUUCUGUGAAUAAUAAUGUUGGGAGACCUUUUAGUCCAAACUCUGAGCUUGGUUCUCAUCAAAUAAGCCACUCUGGAGAGAAACCUUAUGAAUGUAAACACUGUGGAAAGGCUUUUACAGUGAGGGGCAGUCGUAACAGACAUGAGAGAAUCCACACUGGAGAGAAACCUUAUGAGUGUACACAGUGUGGACAGGCUUUCACUCGGAAGGGCCAUCUUACCAGACAUCUGAGAAUCCAUACUGGAGAGAAACCUUAUGAAUGCAAACAGUGUGGAAAGGCUUUUCCACGGAGGAACCGUCUUGCUGCACAUCAGAGAAUCCACACUGGAGAGAAACCUUAUGAAUGUAAACAAUGUGGAAAGGGUUUCACACAGAGAAACUAUCUUGCUUCUCAUCAGACAAUCCACACUGGAGAGAAACCUUAUGCAUGUACACAGUGUGGAAAGACUUUCACAGAGAGGGCCUCUCUUCGUUUACAUUUGAGAAUCCAUACUGGAGAGAAACCUUAUGAAUGUACAGAAUGUGGAAAGGCUUUCACUCGGAGUCACCAACUUGCUGCACAUCAGGUAAUCCAUACUGGAAAGAAACCUUAUGAAUGUAAACAGUGUGGAAAGGGUUUCACACAGAGGAGUAAUCUUGCUGCACAUCAGAGAAUCCACACUGGAGAAAAACCUUAUGAAUGUAAACAGUGUGGAAAGGCUUUCACACUGAUGGGUUCUCUUGUUACACAUCAGAGAAUCCACACUGGAGAGAAACCUUAUGAAUGUAGACAAUGUGGAAAGGCUUUUAGAUAUAGAUCUGAUCUUCGAAAACAUCAGAGAAUUCACACUAGAGAGAAACCUUAUGAAUGUUCAUAAUGUGGGAAGGCUUUCAUAGACUGGGGCUCUCUUACUGAACAUGUGAGAAUCCACACUGGUGAGAAACUUUAUGAAUGUAAACAGUGAGGAAAGGCUUUCACACUGAGGAUCAGUCUUGCUGUAUAUCAGAGAACCCAAAUUGGAAAGAAACUUUAUGAAUAUACACAAUGUGAAAAGGCUUUCACAGUGAGUCAUCUUGCUAGGCAUCAGAGCAUUCAUAUUGGAGAGAAUCAUUUUUUUUUUUUAUCCUGGGACCCCAUUCUAGGAGCAUAGGGCCAC